AGCUAUCCCUACUCCAAUAUGAAUUUGGUUUGUAUGACAUGCGCAGGCUCUUUCUUAUGCAUUCGUGAGCUGGCACGAUCAGUCGGCUGUGCGAACUCGCGACGGGUGUGUUUUCGCUACUAUGUAAAAGACUCCCGGUCGAUUUGACGGCAAAGACGACGGAGGUGCGGUCAGCCGAUGCGACGACGACGACUAAUAAGCGUGCAAAAUGGCGCCCACACGUGUAAUUUUGAUGUCAUGCGGCAGUUAUAACCCGCCGACCAACAUGCACUUACGAAUGUUCGAAAUUGCGCGAGAUCAUCUGCAUCGAAUGGGUACACACAUAGUCGUGGGGGGAGUGAUUUCUCCAGUUCAUGAUGCAUAUGCCAAAAAAGAGUUAGCUAGCGCGACACAUAGAUGUGCAAUGUUGCGACUAGCAUUGCAAAACAACGACUGGAUUCGUCUAAGCACAUGGGAGACCAGACAGAACUGUUGGACAAAGACACGUUUGUGCCUUCAGCACCAUCAGAAUCUUCUCAAUUCCAUAUUGUCCAAUUCCAACGAUAUCAAGCAUCAUAUGCAGAUAGAAGAUAUCGAGUGGAUCCCGGAGAAUGUGAAAAACAGCUCGGAUAACACACCGAUACAGAUCAAAUUGCUCUGUGGUGCGGAUCUUCUGGAAAGUUUUGGCAUUUGCGGACUCUGGCUUGAGGAAGAUAUUGACGCGAUCGUUGGCGAGCAUGGUCUCGUGGUCAUAACGCGGGAAGGUUCCAACCCCAACAAGUUUAUUUAUGAUUCGGACAUUUUGUCCAAGCACAUGCAUAACAUUUGUAUCGUAACCGAAUGGAUUCCGAACGAGGUAAGCUCGACGCGAAUCAGACGAGCCUUGAAGCGCAGCGAGAGUGUCAGAUAUUUGGUGCAGGACUCUGUCAUUGACUACAUCUACAAGAACGAGAUUUAUGACACAAAGACGGCGGACAUGACAAUUAAGUUGGAACUGCCGUCGCCGAAUGCAAACAACUAUCUGCACAUAGAGCCCCGUUACCUGAACGCGUUCCUAACGCCAUCACCUAGCGACGUAACCAUGGGCUCGCCGAGCCCGCUCGAGAUCAUGAGCGCCGCGUCCAUCGACGUACCGGACGCGGUGCUGUGCAAGAAUCUGCAGAAUGUCGUGGGCGCUGCCGAAGUUCGCGAGCAAUUCAUUAGCGCGUUAACCGCCGACAACGGCAACAUCAAGCAUGUAGCAUCUAGAGCACCUGCGUACCCGGGUCAGGCGAAACAGAUCGUCGUCGCCAGCGAGAAUGGUGUCGUGCGAAUCGUGGAUGAGGUAGGUGGUCCGUUCGACGAGUCCACGGCAAAACUUUGUCAGCCUGGCCCUUCGACUUCCGGCCAGCGUACGCUGGAAAGUGACCGUAAGUCAUCGGCGGUAGAGGGUGUGGCAAAGGAUAAAACUGAUGUCGGGACGGGACGGAGGGAGACUUCGAAUUUCAGGGCUAACACGGAAAUCCCGGGCGUAGACUUAGAUCGUGCGGAUGACGAUCGCGGGAUCGUAGUGAAGAUACAGCCUGGUCCGUCGGAUUCUAGCGAACUGACGGUAGAAGAAGGUAGCAGUAGGUCGAUGAUAGGUGCGAAGGGUAAAGAGAAGUUAGACUUGAGACACCAGACGGAAGUCGCUGAUGUAGACUUAGGUUCGAGUGACGAUUGCAGGAUAACAGUGGAUAUCCAACCUGGUGAUUUAAGCGAAGUAACUGCGGAAGAGGGUCGUAGAUCAAUGGCGGAGAGCAUGGCGAGAGGUAAAAGUACGACUGGGCAAAAAGAAGUCUCUGAUUUGAGAUUUAAGACGGAAAUUGCCGAUGUGAGUUUAGGCUUGAGCGACGAUCACGAAGUAAUAAUGCAAAUCCAAACCGAUCAGUCGAGUUCCAGUGAAUUGCGGUUGAGGGAAUGUUGUUGGCCGACGAGAGGAAGCGCUGCAAACGGCAGGGUCGAUGUUGACGAUAGAGAAAUUAUUGAGAUAGGUUCAAGUAGCAGUCUCAAUGAGUCACAACGUAUUGACCCAUUUAUAGACAAAGUAGACUUGGAUCUGGAGACCGAUCCGGAGCAAAGUUCUGCACUGAUUGCAGAAAGUAGCGUUAGCAACGGAGAAAUCGGUUUGAGGAAAGAACUAGUCAAUAUAGAACCGGAUCUUAUACACGCGGACAAUGUUGUCAAGGUCCAGCCUGGUCAAUUGAACCAUAGCGUAGUCAUGGGAAAAGAAGAUAAAUUAAGGAUAGGAAAAGUUCAAUUCGAUGAAAGGAAAGCCCCUUCUGAACAUUUGAAACAAGAUGAUAAAGAGCUAGAUGCGCUUAAUUCAGGAGGGAUUAUGAGAGAUAACGAAGUAUUCGAUGAUAAAGCAGUCAAUUUUAGAAGAGAAACUACCGAGUUCGAAUUAGAUAAGACUAAACAUCUGGAAAUCAAAGCGACGGCAUCGCCAUUAAAUAUCUCAAUGACAUCACUCGAUGGUCGUCAUGAGUGUGCGCUCUCCGACUUUAGCGUAGACAAGGAAGAUUAUCGACUUAGUCAGUACGGUUCCGACGAAGAUGAAAAGACAGAUGCUAAAUCUCCAUGUAGUGCCAAAUCGAGUUUAAUCGACGAUCAAAGAGAGGAUAUGGUAGACAGUACUAUUGGUUCUGCAAAUGAUAGCAAGACUGAUGCCGAUAUUCAAAUAGUCAGCACGAUGGUCCGUAAAAGCCAUGAAGAUGAAUCCAAAAAUCUUAAGACCAAAGAAACUGAUGAAGAAUUACGAUUAAGAUUCGUUGAAGGAAGAUCUCCUUCACAGGACGAAAAAGACAAAAUAGCCGACAUUGGGGUGAAUGAUCGGACUCAGAGAGAAGUGUUUAGGACUAUUCGAGGAAUUGAUGAAAAGAACAAAAUGGAAAAAGAGUCAGAGCUGGACGCGCAUUUCGCGGAAAGACGGACGAUAUCUUGCGACUCAAGUUCCGAGAUAGACGGCAAGUAUUUGAAAUCAGUCGUGAAUUCACGUAAGAGCCCGAAGAAGGUCAAGGGGAAUCAGAUACGUGACACUGAGCUGAAGGGACCGAAGAAUCGGCAGGCACUGCAAUCCGAAAUUUCUCAAAAUUCUUUAACGGAGACAGAAAGUUCCGGCAAGAUCAAGCACGGUCUGAUCGUUGAAGUUGCGAAUAAUAUAGUCAAGAAUAAAGAUCAAAUCAUUAACGAGCGACAGAUACCUUGCCCCGGGGAAGUCUUCCAAAAUUCUGUCAGAGCAGCAUCCACGAAAACGAAGAGUUCCAUGAAAGUUGGGGGAUAUCAGAUUAAUGAGAAUAAUCGCGAAUUCAAGGAUCAAAGUAAGUUCACUAGUGAUCGGGAGACCGGAAAAAUUUCGCAAAAGUUAUCAACAGUGUCUUCUAUCAGCACAAAGAGCCCUAAGAAGCUCAGAGAAAAGCAAAUCUAUUAUAAAAGCGGCGAGAUGAAGGAUUACGAUCAGUCUAUUAAUGAUCGCGUUAUUUCCCAGCUGGAAGAAGUCUUCCAGAAUUCUACAAAGAAGUCCUCCACGAAGACAGUAGGAAGUCCGAAGAAAAUUCCCGACGGCUACGUCGAAACGAAGGAUCAAAGUCUGUCGUCGAUCCAUCCAUCUGCCGAUAACCGACAGGCGGGUGAAGAAGUCGCUCAGCACUCCUCGAAAAUAUCUUUUACGGAAAGUCUGAGGAAGACUCGAAGUCAAAAGGAUGUGAAAGCGAACGCUUUCAAAAGAGCCAUCGUCAACGACGAUAAAGCAAAGCAGGACUUCGAUCAGAUCAAGGACGUGUAUACGAGAAAGGUGCGACGUUAUAACGUGCCUCUUCAGGGCAGCUUAGACUCGAUGAUCGUGUCCAACGAGUCGUUCGCGCCGAAACCCAAGAAGGACGACACCUUUUCGAAGAAGUCCAAGAGCUACGAGUCGAUCAAGCGGAUUCAGGAGGUGUUUUUGGGCGCGCCAGGCAAGAUGUCGAGUAGCUCGCAGCUCGACAUCCCGGACGACGAGUUUUGCUCCAUUUGUUGCUACAUGAACGAGAUCACGUUCCGAACCGAGGAGGAGAUCAGCAGUCCGAAUCAGGAGACCUUCUAUACACUCAGGUCCACCUGCAGCUCACUGGCUGACGACGAUGAUUCCACCGAAUGCGACAUUUGCGGCUCGUUGAAUCAACAAGAAUCCGCCGACGUCCUCGAGGGCAAGAUACUGAUGGAUUCGGCUCACGGGGAGAUUCCCUGUGAACUCUGCAGAAUCUGCGGCGAGGUGGACGGUAGUUACGAUCCGAAUGCCAUGAUACCAGCGGAUAGAUACGCCUUCAGGCUCGUCGAGCCAAGCCAGGACGACGACGACAGUUUCGAGAUAGAGAACUGUGGCUUUCAGAGCGGCACAGAAUCAGCCGACGACCGAAGUCGAGUGUCCGAGAGGGAGAGCGUCAAAGAGCCCGACGGAUCCAAGUCUCGAUCUUUAUUCAUUCAUAGCUCUUCGAUGAUGAGAGACCAGCCUCGAGAGCUGUACUUUAUACCCAAGGAUGAGAUCGCCAUCUUAACGAGCGGGGCGAGAAAGAUUGGCCGCAAAGGUUCCCUGUUCAGGAAGAAGGAGGAACAGAGUGCACGCGAUAACAGACGAUACUCCUCGGUGGAUAGUCUGCAGCUGGCCAAGAUGUCCGCGAGGACGGCCGACAAGGCGCUCAAGGUUGCUAAAAAUCAUCCAGCUCUCGUCGCAUCCGCCGAUAAUCUGCGAGUUUCGCGGCGGGAUUCGAGGAGGUCCAAGUCCCUGCAGAGAUCAACCGACAAUGUAGACCGCCGGGAUUCUCUCACCGACAACUUGGAUUCACUGACGGAGGUCAAGGUUCUAGCCGGCAAGGAGGAAGACGUCGCAGCGCAGACAUCGGCAGACUCGAGCGAAAAGCCCAACGUCCGUGAUAAGGAAGCGGUAAAGAUGAUUCUCACGCAACACGGAAUCAAGAUUAUUAGCGAGAAGGAGACUGCUUUGUAAUAGGAGUAGUCCGACCACAUACUGAAUGACUUAGACGGGGAAUCGCGUGAGAACAGUAUCGUAGAGAUGAGUUAUAAAGCGAGAAAAGUUAUUGAUCUGGAUGAGUAAAUUUAAAUUCAAGUCUAUACUCUAUACAGCUUGUUUAUCUCUCUCACUAAGAAACUCACUAUGAAAAUACGAAAGUGGAAACUUUCGAGUCAGUGGAGCUUUCGAGUCUUUCCUCGAUAUACAUGUGUUUAUGUGAGGCGAAAAAAUAAAUGUCAAAUAUUAUUGUAAAGAUAACGCGAGACAUAACGUGAUUAUUAUAUGAAUUGUGAAUUGUAAUUACGCCGACACACAUCUUGGCUUUGCAUAAGCAUUUGCAGCCGUUAUUGCAGCCGUUGCAUAUAAUUAUUGUGUGAUAGUUGUAUCGUUGUAAUAUUGUCGUAUAAUUUACGAACGAUACCGUUAAAUCGAUAGCUAAUCGGUAUCGAUAGAAAGGACCAACAGCGGAAAUUGUUAUUCCCGAUCAAAGAUCGGGAAAUUGUUGGAUGAUUUAUGCAAAACUUGCAAAUGAUAUAACAAGACAAUCCUAGAGAUAUUACCGUUAAUAUAAAGAGAUAUAAAGAGAAGAACAAAGAGAGUCGUGUGUUGUAUAA